AUGGCAAUCGACCUGAACGAAUCUGGGGAGAACGAGGAUGGGGCUGUCGAAGAGACUAUGGUAGAAGAGGAGGUCUUGGCUUGUCAAUUCGCCUCCUGGUUUCCCACGUUCAGGGAUGUGACUUUCAAGAGCGAGAUCCUCCCACUCUCCGAGAAUUUCGUCAAAUACCUCCUGGCUGAUGGAAUUCAUGUUCCAUCAUCGAAGCCGAAGGAAUCAGAUGGGGCAAGCGAUGGUAGCUGGGGCUCCGGUGGCGAUUCUGCCGAUGAAGCACAGGAUCUGGAGGGAGUUUUUGAUUUUCCGGAGCUUGAGGAGUCGGUUCGUUCAGCAAUCUCACGCCUGAAUGGACAAGUCUUGCCGAAGCUCAACUGGAGUGCACCGAAGGAUGCCCACUGGAUUCAUGGGAGCUUAAAAUGUACAACCCCGGCCGAAGUCUUCACGCUGCUCAAGGCCUCAGACUUCGUGUCUCAUGAUUUGUGCCAUGCCUUCGACCACUGCGGGGCGUUCGCACGCAGACGACCAGAUGACUUCACCUUGGUAUUGCGCCGUUGGCAUUCGCUCCACGAGUCCAGCGAGUUCAGAGCAUUCGUCAAGGACACAGAUCUCCUUGCAAUUUCUCAGCGUCAAACCGGCUGCUUCUUCGAGCACUUGAUGAACACAGAAGAAGUCGAAGCCAUCCAGGCUGCGAUCCAAGAGUUCUUUGAGCAAAAGUUGCAAGAACGCUUCAGAUUGAAAAGGUAUGUCUUCGACGUGUAUGUCGACAUACCACCCAGGCGCCGUGUCUGGUUAGUGGACCUGUCCCCGUGGGGCCCGACAACAGAUGCGUGUCUGUUCGACUGGGAUGACCUAGCGGACAUGUCAGCAGCGCGCUCGCCCGAGCUUCGCGUGGUGCAGAGCGAAGCGGAGCGCCGCGGCCGACUGGAGAACUUCCACCAAAUUCCUCUGGAGCUGGCAGAACUGGGCUCGAAGGAGGGCUUGUCGGAACUCAUAGAGAAGGCAGACAAGAUCUUAGCGCAGAAGGAAGAGCAGUGCGCGGCGCGCUUUACGGUGGUUUGCGCUCAGGCAUACAAGUACGAAGAGUACAGCGCCGAGUCUGAGACGGUUCCAGACAUGACAACCACCUACAAGACCCACAGUGUUGUGGUGACCAUCAAGGACAAGACGCGAAAAGAGCUCGUGAGCAUGGGCCUGCCGGCCGGCGAGGACUUCAACACCGAUGAUGGCAAGACGAGGUGGACGUGGGUAGAGAACGACAAGGAGGAUGAGCUUAUGCAGCUCCUUUCCCAGCAUGGCGUCCCGAUCCUGUUUUGUAUCGGAGAACUGGCACAAGAAGAGGGCAAAGAGGAGCUGUUGCUGUUCUGUGAUGAUGCCUCGCGCCACGGCCAGGCAUUGAUCUCAGUGAGUUCACCUGGCAGAGCUUCGUGGAACUUUAUUCAGAGGCGUCUUCUGGUCGGAUGGGUCUACGAGAAGUCUUUAUCUACAAUCCAGGUCGUUGAUGGACAGCUGGUGCGAAAGGUCAAGGUUGUGAAGGUUUGGUUGGAAGCGAACUUGCUCAGCCAAAAGCAUGUGCUGAUCAUCAAGACCAAGCAGCAGCAAGGACGGGUGCAGCACCUCCGCAACUUACGAACCUUAUCAAUGCGGAUGCGAGCGAUGCAACACUGGUCGGAUGCCGUGUCUGAGGCGCUCUUUCUUCGUCUCGGUGUCCCGGAGCAGCAGCAGAAGGACAUGCUCAGCGUGACCAGAUCUGAGACAAGGGAAGAGGUGGAGUUCUCUGUCACUUUUCCUGGCUUGAAGACUGUGUACACCAUCAUGGAGGUUCGAUGUGAGGUGCUGAACCCACAGGACCAACGGUGGCAGUACAUUGGGCUGCCGUCGGCGGAGGAUUUUACAUUCUGUCGCCAGGAGCAGCUGGCUACUGGCGAGUACGACAUGAUUCUCACCAGGAUGGCUUUCGAGUUCAGUGUGUUUGGUGUUUUGGCUUGCCUGUGCUUAGCAGCCUCAGCAGGGCAAUGGUCAGUCGGAGUCGUGCUGGUUAGCCUGAUCGUCGUUCUUCUGGGCAUUCGUGCAUAUGUGGGCGUCCCUCCUACAAUGAAAGGGAACAAGCUACCGAAGCGAUAUGCCGGGAAGCGCUUUGAGCUGAUCGCAAUGCCUGUGAACCACUUCGGUGAGAAGGUCCGCUUCUGUUUGGACCUGCUGGGUCUUCCUUAUGAUGAAUCUACAAACUGCGGCAUUCUGAACAUUCUUCUCUUGGGCCAGUCGGUGCCGCAACUCAAUGACAGGAAAAGCUGCAGCCACAUUGGCAAUUCCGAUGAGAUCCUGCGAUACCUGCAUGGCUUGUACACUGCGAGCAACAAGGCAGCGGAUGCAUUGCUCAAGCAGACUGCCAUGACGCUUGAAUGGGAGCUCGCCUUGAAUGACCUUGGGCACGCAAUCCAGGGUUGGGCAUACUACUACCUCCUUGGAAAGGAGUUCUCAACUGAGAUCGCCUUGGUUUGCUGGGGCGCAUAUGAUGAGCGGUGUCCGCUCGUGCAGAGAUGUCUAUUGAGAGCCUUUGCCUUCCCGAUCAAAGCCUUCAUGCGUUCUGCUUUGAAGCUGGACCGAGCAGAUCUGCGAGAUGAGCGCAAAGCCACUAUAGAAGACGUCUUGAAGCGUGUUGAUGCCGCAGUCGGACCCGACGGGAAGGGUUACAUCGUUGGCGACCAGCUGACGUAUGUUGACAUCACAUUCGCCUCUCUACUAGCCCCGCUUCUGGUCAGCAGGUUUCUGUUCAAGGAUCCUUGUGCCUGGGCACGCGGCCGCUUUCGCUCCUUUGCAGAAGCUGGCAAACGUGGCGCACCCAAAUCUGCGCCGCCGGUGCUCCAGGUAUUCGAAGAGGAGACCGCCAAGAGGCCCUGCGGGAAGUUCGUCGCUCGCAUUUACGACGAGUACAGGUGGGGAUGGACAAAUGCUGCCGAGAUUGAGUACGAGUCUCGCAAAGAUCUCCGAAGGCCGAGCCAUUAUGACGAGCAGCCCAAGCAUGAAGCGCUGGCGAUGCAGCUCGACAAGAGCAAGAAGCAGGUUGUCCCGCCUGAGCCGUUGCCAGUAAGCGGCAAGGAUGAGUUGCUCAUCAUGAGGGCCUUGGGCCCGGAUGCUGCAAACGGGUCAUGGAUGGGAAAGUCACUGACUGGUCGAGCCGCCGAGCAGAUUCGAAGUCCAAGCUACACGACGAAGGACUUCUACAGCGACUUGGUGGCAGCCUUCCCCGAGCUGCGGCUGUACUGCGUGGUUCGGGAGGCUGCGGCCCACGGUGAGGGCCGGGUGCUGUUGCCGUCCAUUUCUACACUCACAACUUCAGCCAGUCGAACAGGUGAAGACGAGUACCAGCGCACCAUCGGGGCGCUCUUCUGCAUCUUCUGGCUGAUGCGUACGCAUCUUGACGGAAAGGAGUCCUUCUGCUUUGGUUUAGACGCGGAGUGGAAGCCGCGCAACAGGUCGCACUUCCAGGAGCCAGAGCUCGAGGUCGAGUACAAAAAGCGAAAGAACUUCUACGAGAAGACCGACUGGGCGGCCAUUGAGACCCUCUUUGUCGGAGCCGGCUUGCUCAAGAAGGCUGGUGGCCCACACGAUGUCGAGAGAACACUCGCAAUGCUAGUCCUUAUGACCGUGCACGAUGUCAUGAAGCUUGACAUUCUCCGCCCGAUUGUUGGAGUGGGAGAGUUCGCUGGCUACAAAAACGGCGAGCCUAUCGGAGACCACGACGUAGCUUUAAGCUAUGUGCUGGAGAGGUGCCCUCAAGCCUUGCCGUCCUUUGCCGGGCUUUCCACCGAAAUGCAGGAGAGCAUCAAGUUCACGCACUGCAAGUUGGACUACAACAUGGGCACGGACCUUGGCAAACCCACCGCUUGCUUGCCGCGGAUUCCGGCUGCCAAACUCCUGAGGUUCGCGGAUUUGGCUGGAGCAGAAGCUUCUCCACUGCAAGGCUGCGAAAAGUUUGUGCUGAAGUUCCCUCAGCAAGUUCUCGGCAGCUUCAUCGAUUCCUUUGCUGUCGCACCAGCCCCGGUGAAAUGCAAGAAGAGGAAUAGCAAGGGAUGUCAUGUUGAUCGCGACAAGCUUUGUGCUCUUCAAGAGUAUUGGCUUGGAAGUCCCGAUAGGUUAGGUGCCUUGAGCCGGGGCAGGAUUUCUCCUUUCUCGACAAGUGCCAAGAUGCUCAAUGGGCCUUCUUCCGGUCAGGACAAGUUCAAGUUCGGCACCAGGAAACAGCUGGGCAUUGCGCUGGCGUCGGUCGCAGCCUUGACGGCCGCUACGGCAAGCGAGAGCGAGGUGAAGGCCGUGAAGGCCGAUGAUCGAAGCCACGAGCUGUCCGGGGACGAGCAGAGAACCGUUGCACUCUUCGAACGCUGUAGUGGUUCUGUAGUGCACAUCAGUACUUUUGUGAAGGAAAAAACCCUUCUUCGAGGCGCUUUCGGCAUGGCGCACGUAGACAUGCAAGACAUCCCGCAGGGAACUGGAAGCGGAUUUAUGUGGGAUUCGAAGCACAUCGUGACAAACUACCAUGUCAUCAAAGAUGCCGACAAAGCAAUGAUCGUCUUUGCUGAUCACACAUCUCGUCAAGCAUUCUUGGUCGGACAUGAGCCAGACUUUGACUUGGCGGUGCUGCGGUUUGAGAAGCCGGAUGAGCUUGAAAUCAAAGCCCUCGACAAAGGCUCCUCCAGCCGCCUUCAGGUGGGUCAAAAGGUUUUUGCGAUCGGCAACCCGUUUGGAUUGGACCAGACACUGACCAGUGGCAUUGUGAGUGGUCUCGGUGGCAUCUCGGGGCGCAUGUUGCGUGGGCUUGUGCAGACGGAUGCCGCCAUUAACCCGGGUAACAGCGGAGGCCCACUGCUUGACGCCAGAGGCCGCCUCAUUGGUGUGAACACCAUGAUUGCAAGCCCUUCCGGGGCCUUUGCCGGAGUGGGCUUUGCAAUCCCCGUGGAUACUGUAACCCGGAUUGUGGAUCAGAUCAUCAAAUAUGGAUUUGCUAAGCAGCCAUACUUGGGCUUGUACAUGGCCCAAGACCACAUUAAACAACAGCUUUCGCGAUUGCUGUAUCGUCAGCAAAUGCGCCCGAUCGAGGGAGCCCUUAUCAUGGGUCUAGAGCCUGAAGGCCCUGCAGAUCAGGCGGGUCUCCGACCUUCUAUUCAAACUAUGCGAGGCAUACAGCUGGGUGACGAGAUCCUGUCGAUUGAUGGGAAGAAAGUCAGCAACCUGGAUGACAUUUUCGAGGCCCUGGACCAGAGACAGAUCGGCGAAACGGUAAAGGUGGUUUACCGACGACGAUCGGACGGCCACGAGAAGGACGGCAGCACCUCCCUGCGACUUGCAGAAAGCUGUGAGCAACUCCUUGACGAUAAUGGCUGCGUUGUGAAGCCAGCUUUGUUCUGUACAGUCCAUGCCGUGACAGGACUUUUGACGCACUGCGUGAGAACUUCCUCAGCCAAGUCCGGUGAGGAGUACUUGGUCUGGCGGUGGGGCAACAUGGAGCAGCGCCUCGGCCCUGCCCCUACGGGCUCUGGCGCCAUUGCCAAAAUGCGACUGGUGACUUGGAUGGCAGAUCAGGGAGCCAGGGAGCUCUGCUCAUGUCGAAACUCCGGGCCGCUGGCUCUUGUGGCACCGCCUUCCAGGCAGUUCAGCCGACUGAAGAAGGCAGAUCAGCAGGUGUUGAGCCAGGAAUUGGCUAUCACAGGGUGCCUCAACCAGAAGUUCAAGCGGGACAGCUACAAGGAUGCCGGGGGUCCGGCAAUCUUGGUGUACUAUGCACCGGCGCUGAUGCAGAAAGCUGGCAAGCAGGACAAACAUCGAAAUGCAGAAAGCAGCAGGUGCCCUGAUCGUCAUGGCCGAGAUCUUCCGACAAGCACGGUCUCUGUGGCCAUUGUUCGGAUCGAUGUCUUGAAAGAGAUGCAGGUGCCUGUUCAUGAAACAGUUGUAGUUGGCAUAGAAUUGCUCAUGCUCAAGGUGUCGGCGAUCCUGGAGCCUCGACCAGACAUCAACUACGUACUAUGUAGGGUCAGUUCACAGGAUGCGCAGGUCAAGAUUGUGAGCAAUUUGGACAUGAAAGAAAUAGACAAGGCAACACAGCGGCUGCUCAGAUUUGGUAAAUCGGACGAAGCUGAACCUGGAGGAUGUUCGCCGUUCAGGAGCAGGUCACAGCGGACUUCUGCCAGGCUCAGCUUUUUGGCAAGAGGAUAA